CGCCGCCGCCGCCGCCGCAGCCUCCGUCUCCUCCACCGAUUCUCCCAACAGCUCUCUCUCUACCCAAUCUUCUUUCUCCCAAUCUGUGUUUUCAUCACACCGCGCCAGAGAAGAAAGGAAUCUAGGGAUUCAGACAUCACGCCCGCCAAAUCGCACUGGUUUUGAGUUGAAUUUCUGGAUGGCAUUUGAAGUUUUGUGAUUGUAAUUAGCAAGAAUUGUUGUUGGAUCAUAGUGUGUAGGGUUGGAAUGGAGAACCCUAAUAGGCAGAUGGGUAGGAAUCAACAAACAGAGUCAUUGGGGGUGAAUAAGUUGGGGAAGAAUAUAAGGAAGAGUCCAAUUCACCAAACCAUUUUCACCAAUCCAACCACCGGUUCUUCUAGGCCGCAAUCCCAACCACAAGUCUACAACAUAAACAAGAAUGAUUUCAGGAGCAUAGUUCAACAGCUGACCGGUUCCCCUUUGCGCGAACCUCCGGCAGCCCGACCGACCCAACACCCUCCCAGACCACAGAGCACGAGGUUGCAAAAGAUUAAGCCUCCUCCUUUGACGCCCAUAAACCGUCCACGGAUUCCCAUUCACCCAUUUACAGCCCAACCACCUCAAUAUGGUCAGCAACAAUCGAUGCAUGCUUUACCUCCAUUUACCCCAACUGAUAGUUGGGGAAAUCGAGCAGAGUCUCCAGUUUCUGCUUAUAUGCGUUACCUCCAGGCUUCGAUUGUAGAUUCCGCGGGGCCUGCAAGUCAAGGGCACCCGUCACCAUCUGGUUUGCUUCCCAAUCCCCAUUUACCGCCCAUCCUAUCCCCUAGAUAUGGUCUUCAAUCCCCGCGGAUGAAUCCCGCCGCCCCUCCAUUUCCUCCGCCCCCUCUCCCAUCUCCGGGAGUAAAUGGUCUUCCGCUUUUGCCCUCCCCAACUUCUCAGUUCCUUUUGCCUUCCCCGUCUUCCGGUUUCUACAAUUUGUUAUCCCCACAGUCAUCGUAUCCAUUGCUUUCCCCUGGUAUUCAUCACACCCCGCCAUUGUCCCCUAAUUUUUCUUUUUCUUCAGUGGGUCAGCAGGGUAUUCUUGGCCCCGGGCCCCAUCCUCCAUCUCCUGGUUAUGGAUUCCCAUUGUCCCCUUCGGGAUUCUUCCCCCUUUCAAGUCCUCGAUGGAGAACUUAAGGGUCUGUUUGGUGCUUUGGUUUUGGACAGUAUUGGAGUGGAAGAUGUUAGAGGGCUUAGUCUAUAUAUCAAUUUUUAUUCCAGAUUUUAUACUAGGUGUAAGAUUAACAUGAUAUGUGAUCAUACAACAUUCCAAAUAUUUCUUAUUCGUUUUAGAAACAUUAUACGGAGUAUUUAUAUAGAUAUAGACAAAGUCUAUGAAAGUCUUCUGCUCCAUACCUCUCCAAAAUCUUUCAUCCAAACUGAACUCAAUGGGCUUCCAGGAUUUAAGCCAGUGACCGCUCUCGGAAUCACUUUUGGACUUCGGGUUGUUUCAUAUUAGCCCGUAUCCUCGAACGGGAGUGUAAGUAAGGUACAGGUUGAGGGAACAGUGUGGAUGUGGGUGUGGGAACAAACCUCAGAUGUUUUUACUUGAAGGGUGAUUAUGGUUCUCCAUGUACCCAUAUCAUCUUUGUCAUGUAUACUGCCACAAUAUAGGUUCUGUCUUAUAAAUGUGCGCAUUUGGUUUUUUCAUUUGUUGGUGUUUCUGCUGUAUUAGUGUUCAUUUUGGAACAUAGAGGUAGAAUGUUUGGUGAUGAACAUCACUGAUGUUUGUAACUUUUUAGCUAAUUACUCCCAAGAAAGAAAUUCUUGAAAAUGAU